UGUUUCCCAAAUUAAGUAAUGGACUCAACUAAAUAAAUACCCAUGUGAAAUUCGGUCUCUAAAUUCUGUUCUUCCGUUCUCCCCCUUUUUUCGCUUUGUGCGUUUCAAUUGGAGUCAAUUGGACUUGGGCCAUGGCACACACCAUCAGAUUGGACUGGAUAAGGAGAGUCCUGAACUCAUCCAAUUCCACCAGACAAUGUCGUCCAAUGCACGACAUUGGUAAGCCGCGGAUCUGCAGCCAGGGGCCCUUGAAGCGCCUGAUGCGUUUGAUCAGGAAUAACUCGGGCAAGGCUUCCGGUGGCAAUGAAUCCUCCAGAACGGGAAGAAAGCCCCAGAACACGCCACCUGUGAACACCGAACGACAAUCGCCCUUCAGGGUCAACGCAUCGCCAAAUGCUAAUUUGGUAAGGAUCCACCCCUUGGCCAGAGGGCAGGAAAAGAAGCGCCUGCCAUUCGAGAAGUCGGCCACAAUGCGGACGCACAGUGCACAGAGGAGAGGAGAGCAGCUGGCGAGGAGCCUGCGAUCGCAGCAGGAUGCGAGUGGCAGUAGGAGCUCCACAAUUCCACCGCUCAAAAUCCUCGAGAUGGUCCAAAGGGAGCGCAACAUGAUGUCGUCGCAGCAACAGAUCGAUGCGAUGAGGACCAGGAAUAUGGAACGUAUGGUGCGUGAAUCGCAGGCCAGGCGGGAGCUUCUUGAGAAACGGCUAGAAAAAGAGGUGGAAACCGAAUCCCAAACCAAAACUAAAACCAAAAUCAAACUGGAGACACAGGCAGUAGUGGAGCUGCUGAAAAAGGCCAUUUCCUUCACACACGGCGAGGUGAGGGAUGUGAAGGUGUCCAGGAUGCAAACCAAGCUGGAGUGGAAUGGCCGUUCUACGGAUAUGAAUCCCUUGGGUGACAACCUGCUGCAGUCGGCCCAUGCCUACCACAUGCGAAUACGCUGUGCCAUGAUCCUGAGUCCCCGAAAACCCGAACCCCAAUCCAAGAAAUGCCGCAAUAUAGCCGCCAAUCUCAUCAAGGAGGAGCAGAGACGUCUGGACACCUUGAAGGCGGAGAAGGUGCACUUAAAGGAUAUCAACAAUCUCCCAAUGGUCAGCGUUGAAAAUCCAGAUGUCUUCUCACACAUAUCGAAAAAGCAAUCAAGGAACAAACUCAACGAAGGACCUUCGAAACUGUUGACAAAUUAAAAGCGAAUUUUAGAAAAUAUAUUUUUAUGCCUUAAUCACAUUUUAUAAUUAAUUACUAAUAAAAAAUCAAAUGAAAACAUGA